AUGGCUGCCGAAAACUUCAGCCUGCGCGAAAUCAUCAAGUACGGCCUCAUAUCACUCGGUUAUGUGGCAGAUCCCGGGGCUUUCCGCAUCGCACAAGACCUCCCUUUUCAUUCUUGGAGCAUACUAGUGCUACCUCCACUUCUCAGUCUUACAGAUAUUGAGGAAAUUGCUCGAGCGGGUGUCGAGACCUUACUUGGCCUUGCUGGUCCUGAGAGCUGGACUGGACAACUAUCACCAAUAGCAUUAGCUGCAAGCAAGGUAUGCUUAUCUUCGAUGGUUCCUCCGGUUAUUGGGGAUCCAAUAUAUACUAUCAGGACUGGAUUUCUCACAGCAAGUCAUGCAAAUUGCCGCAUACUAGGCUUUGAUCCUCAGGUCAUCUUGCAACACCACGCAAAGUCACCUUUUGUGAACACAGCACAUGCAAUGUCUUGUGGAACCUUCAAUACAGGCAUCAGUGGGGCCACUGAGAUGCAACAAUAUAGAUCACAAAAAGUGAUCAACGACAUGCAUCCAACUCUGGAACAACUCACUAUUCCUCAUCAUCCCUACUUGGAUUUGAUUCCUUGGCCCUCUUUCAGAUCCAGAGCAAUAAUUGCAUCAUCCAUGAACCCGCCCCUCAUCGACAAGAAUGAAUUGUGCUUGGAUCUUUUGAGUGACGGAUUAUGUUGUCACGGCAUUCCUGGUGUAUCCCUUCACGGUCGAGGUGAGGGUACCCCCUGGGACUCGCGUAGUUGGGAAGCGAGACCUUGGUUUCUGCAAAAAUGGUCUUACCUAACAGGAGGCUCUGACGUCCAGCAGACAAGUUUAUGGUGGCGGUUACGAUCCUGA